AUGCAUUUCUUACGCUAUCUUAUUCCAUUUGUUCUCCUUCCCGUUGUUAAUGGCGACUAUGGCGGAUCAGCCCGGCUCCGUAUGCCUCCUGUGUUGAGACCUCCGUUUCCCCUCGGUUCAGUUCCCCGUCCUUUUCCCGCUCCAGGAGAGUUUUCUACGAGUAAUAAUGCUGAGCCGGACGACCAAGGGGCCCCCUUCGCAACCUGUGGACCUUAUGCCGGAUCCUGCCCGGACGGCCUCUGCUGUUCUUCUUCAGGGUACUGUGGAAAGGGACCUGAAUAUUGUGCUGCUCCAGACUGUAUGCUUGAUUAUAGCAAUGGCUGCGAUGCCCACAAAACACCGAGUGGAGAAGAUACAUCUGGUGUAACCCGCGAUAAGGUUGGGGAUGUUCCCUACGGCGAGGCGGCUAUUUACGACUGUACCGUUCCAAACACCAUUGCCUUGACAUAUGACGACGGACCAUAUACCUAUACCAAAGACCUGCUUGACAUGCUUGACUCGUUUAACGUAAAGGCGACUUUUUUUGUUACUGGAAUCAACUUAGGCAAAGGUGCAAUUGAUGACCCUAAUUACCCUUGGGCCGAUUUGAUUCGUCGGAUGUAUAACAGCGGCCACCAAAUCGCCAGCCAUACUUGGUCUCAUCAGAACCUUGAUCAGAUCUCAGCUUCUCAGAGAAAGAUGCAGAUGGUAAAAAAUGAAAUGGCCUUGCGAAAUAUUUUAGGCGGUUUUCCAACGUAUAUGCGACCACCGUAUUCGAGCUGCUCAGAUGCGUCUGGAUGUUUGAAAGACAUGGACGACCUAGGUUAUCACGUCACGUACUUUAACCUUGAUACUGACGAUUACAACAAUGCCACUCCGGACUUGAUUCAAAACUCAAAAGACAUAUUUGACUCCUACAUAACAAAAGGUGGCCGCUCUCUACUUGAAAUUGGCCAUGAUGUCCACAGACAGACAGUUUAUAACCUGACAGACCAUAUACUUCGUCGCCUUGAAGGUAGUGGCUAUCGUGCAGUUACUGUUGGAGAAUGCCUCGGGGAUCCCCCAGCCAACUGGUAUCGAUGGACUUCUACCCCUGGUGACCAAGGCCGUGGAGACAAACCACCAAAGGGCGGCAAAAAACCCAAGCCAGUGAAGCGUCCAUCUCCUAAUGGAACUUGUGGCAGACGUUACACUUGCACUGGUUCCAGGUUCGGUCGCUGCUGCAGUGCUUUGGGUAUUUGCGGAAACAAGCCUCGUCACUGCGGAAAAGGCUGUCAGAAGACCGGCGGCAUUUGCUCUGAGGAACCUUCGAACUCCAACAAACACGCUCAAUUCGGCAAAGGAAACACAAAGGGGUCUGAGAAAAAUAUUGAUCAUUCUCCCACGCACAUCAGCAAGGAAGCUGAAGAUGAUGCAGACAAGCUGGGGAAGAUGGAAGACAACAAGAAAGCUAAGGAAGGGAACGGGGAAAAGGAUCAAAACGAGGACACAGCUGGACAUGACGAUGAUAAGAACACUGACACGGAACACCAUUCAGGCGACGAAAAGGGCCAUGAAGAAUGA